GAGCGGUAGCGGGUUCGGGUGCGCAGCGCGGCAGCCAGGAAGGAGCCGGCGGUGGGGGAGAAUCGUUGCUGGUGGUGGUGGUCUCGUCAACCGGCGCCAUGUCUAUUAUGUCCUAUAAUGGAGGGGCUGUAAUGGCCAUGAAGGGGAAAAACUGUGUGGCCAUUGCAUCGGACAGACGGUUUGGAAUUCAGGCUCAGAUGGUGACCACAGACUUUCAGAAGAUUUUCCCUAUGGGAGAUAGACUAUAUAUCGGCCUGGCUGGGCUUGCCACAGAUGUGCAGACAGUUGCCCAGCGGCUGAAGUUCAGGCUGAAUCUCUAUGAACUGAAGGAAGGCAGACAGAUCAAGCCCCAAACUCUCAUGAGUAUGGUGGCCAACCUACUCUAUGAGAAACGGUUUGGACCCUAUUACACAGAGCCAGUUAUUGCUGGACUGGACCCCGUAACUUAUGAACCUUUCAUCUGCUCUCUGGACCUGAUCGGUUGUCCCAUGAUAACAGAUGACUUUGUUGUCAGUGGCACCUGCUCAGAGCAGAUGUAUGGCAUGUGUGAGUCUCUCUGGGAGCCUGACAUGGAGCCAGACCACCUCUUUGAAACUAUCUCGCAGGCUAUGCUGAAUGCAGUGGACAGAGAUGCGGUGUCUGGCAUGGGUGUGGUAGUGCAUAUCAUUGAAAAAGACAAGAUCACCACCAGGACACUGAAAGCACGCAUGGACUAGCCUCCGAAGUUUGUGCUUGUUUCACAUGCCAGGCUGUUUUGAAUUUUUUAAAUAAACUCUCUCCAUUAUUGUA